AUGACUUCGAAUUCACAACUAAUUGAUGCGGCAGCAGAGAAUGAUAAUCUUGAACUAAUGAAAAUACUUCACCAACAUCGUUUUGACAUUAGCGUUGAUAUGGCAUCUACAUAUGCAGUUCGUAACAACAAUCUGGAUAUGUUGAAAUGGAUUGCUGAACAUGAUCGGGUACAAGAGUAUAGCGAUAGAUUAAUGACGGAAGCAGUUAAAAAAACAAUCUCGAGAUGGUUAAAUGGUUAA